GUCCGCCCGCCCCUGGCGCGCGCUGCAGUCCUCCGGCUGCGCUGCGGCUCGGCGGCGGGGGCUGCUUCCAGAGCACCGCGACCGCGGCCCGAGGACUCCUUGCGAGGUGACCAUGGAGGCUGGAGGCCUGCCCCUGGAGCUGUGGCGCAUGAUCUUAGCCUACUUGCACCUUCCUGAUCUGGGCCGCUGCAGCCUGGUGUGCAGGGCCUGGUAUGAACUGAUCCUCAGUCUUGACAGUACUCGCUGGCGGCAGCUGUGCCUAGGCUGUACGGAGUGCCGCCAUCCCAACUGGCCCAACCAGCCUGAUGUGGAGCCCGAGUCUUGGCGGGAGGCCUUCAAGCAGCAUUACCUUGCCUCCAAGACAUGGACCAAGAAUGCCCUGGACUUGGAGUCCUCUGUCUGCUUUUCUCUAUUCCGCAGGAGGAGGGAACGACGCACCCUAAGUGUCGGGCCAGGCCAUGAGUUUGACAGUCUGGGCAGCGCCUUGGCCAUGGCCAGCCUGUAUGACCGAAUUGUGCUGUUUCCAGGUGUGUACGAAGAGCAAGGUGAAAUCAUCCUGAAGGUGCCUGUGGAGAUUGUAGGCCAUGGCAAGUUGGGUGAGGUGGCCCUGCUAGCCAGCAUUGAUCAGCACUGCUCAACCACACGCCUGUGCAACCUCAUCUUCAUGCCAGCUUGGUUCUCACCCAUCAUGUAUAAGACCACAUCAGGUCACGUCCAGUUUGACAACUGCAACUUUGAGAAUGGGCACAUUCAGGUUCAUGGCCCAGGCACCUGCCAAGUGAAGUUUUGCACCUUCAAAAACACCCAUGUCUUCCUGCACAACGUGCCCCUGUGUGUUCUGGAAAACUGUGAAUUUGUGGGCAGCGAAAACAACUCUGUGACAGUUGAAGGUCACCCAUCAGCAGAUAAGAACUGGGCCUACAAGUAUUUACUGGGGCUUAUCAAGUCCUCUCCCAGCUUGCUCCCCACAGAGGAUUCUGACUUUUUAAUGUCCCUGGACCUAGAGAGCCGGGACCAGGCCUGGAGCCCAAGGACCUGUGACAUUGUCAUCGAAGGCAGCCAGAGCCCGACCAGCCCAGCCUCUAGCUCCCCAAAGCCAGGUUCCAAGGCUGGCUCCCAGGAGGCAGAGGUGGGCAGCGAUGGGGAAAGGGUGGCCCAGACACCAGACAGCAGCGAUGGAGGCCUGAGUCCUAGCGGUGAGGAUGAGGAUGAGGACCAGCUCACUUACAGACUCUCCUACCAAGUGCAAGGCCCGCGCCCCGUUCUGGGCGGCUCCUUUCUGGGCCCACCGCUGCCAGGAGCAUCCAUUCAGCUGCCUAGCUGCCUGGUGCUGCACUCACUGCAGCAGGAGCUGCAGAAGGACAAGGAGGCCAUGGCCCUGGCCAGCUCCGUGCAGGGCUGCCUCAUCCGCAAGUGCCUGUUCCGGGACGGGAAGGGAGGUGUCUUUGUCUGCUCCUACGGCCGAGCCAAGAUGGAAGGAAACAUCUUCCGGAACUUGACUUACGCAGUGCGGUGUAUACAUAAUAGCAAGAUCGUCAUGCUCAGGAACGACAUUUACCGCUGCCGAGCUUCAGGCAUCUUUCUUCGCCUGGAAGGCGGAGGCCUGAUCGCGGGCAACAACAUCUACCACAACGCAGAGGCUGGUGUGGACAUCCGGAAGAAGUCCAACCCGCUCAUCCUGUGUAACCAGAUCCACCACGGCCUUCGCUCCGGCAUUGUUGUCCUUGGCAAUGGGAAAGGCGUCAUCAGGAACAACCAAAUCUUUUCAAAUAAGGAAGCUGGCAUUUAUAUCCUGUAUCACGGAAAUCCAGUCGUGAGCGGGAACCACAUCUUCAAGGGCCGUGCAGCUGGCAUAGCAGUGAACGAGAAUGGCAAAGGCCUCAUCACAGGCAGCAUAUUCCCCAAGGCCAGGAUCAAGUCUGCAGGAUGCGUGGAUGGAGGCUCAGCACAGAAAAAUGUCAUCCGUGAGAAUCAGUGGGGAGGUGUGGACAUCCGCCGCGGAGGGAUCCCCGUCCUCAGGAGUAACCUCAUCUGCUUUGGCUACUCAGAUGGUGUGGUCGUAGGCGACGAAGGCAAAGGACUAAUAGAAGGAAAUACUAUCUAUGCUAACAAGGGCUGUGGUGUGUGGAUGAUGUCAUCCAGCCUGCCCCACGUCACCAGCAACCAUGUGAGCUAUAAUGGCCUGUAUGGAGUGGCAGUUUUUAGCCAGAAGGAUGGCUCCAGUGAGUUCCCUGGAGGCCAUGGGGCCCAAGAGAACUUCAGCGAGGACGGGGAUGCCAUCCUCUGGGAGACAGAGCUGGAGAAGGAGGACGAUCCACUGCGGCGGCCCCUCACUAUAGCCCUUGUGGAGUCCAACAGUAUUAAUCACAACGGAGCUUCAGGACUCUAUGUCCAGAGCAGCGAGGCUCUGCAAGUCAUCACCAAUGUGAUCCACGCCAACGGGGACAGAGGUAUCACUGUGGCCCAGAGCGGCCAGCUCACCCGUGUGGCCAACAACAGCAUUUCCUGUAACCGCCAGAGUGGGGUCAAGGUGGAGGCCCAGUGCAAGGUGGAACUUCGGGGCAAUGGUAUAUAUGACAACAGAGGCCAUGGCAUCAUCACUAAGGGCGACAGCACUGUCGUCGUUGAAAAUGACAUCAUUGGCAACCGGGGCAGUGGUCUGCAGUUGCUCCCCAGGUCUGACACUAAGGUACUAAAGAACCGGAUCCACUCAUUCCGAGCCUACGGCAUUGCAGUGCGGGGCCGCGCCAAGGCCCUGGUACAGGAGAACAUCAUCUUCCAGGGCAAGAGCAACAAGACCAUCUUUCAGCAGAUCUCAAAUAACAGAGAAUGCAUCAUGCAAAACAACAAGUUCCUGGUCUUAAAGAAAAAGUCUGACACAUGGCGCCUGGUGAACCCACCAGCACGGCCUCAUCUGGAAAACUCUCUCAGGGGCCCCUCUGCAGCCCAUAGUGGGCAGAAAGUGACAGCCAUGGCAACCAGGAUCACAGCCCGUGUGGAAGGGGGCUACCACAGCAACCGCAGCAUCUUCUGCACCAUCCUGUAAGGACAGACAUCUGCCUCAGGCUCAGGCCCUUGCAGGCGUUCAGAAGAGCUGGGGCAAAGGUCCUGGGAUGGAAGCAGUGCCUGAGAACACUCCACCCUUCCCUCCUCUUUCCCAUCGUUCCCUGGAAAACCACAACCCAGUCCUUCUAGGGACUAAGAACAAGGUACCUCCAGACCCCUUCAGCUCCACAGGCCUCAGCAGGAAGGAACUUGAAAAUGCUUUUCAGGAAGGAAGAGAAAUGGAGGGUUUCCAGUCACCCCAGCACUUGUGGAGAUUAUACAGAGUUGGGGAGACUCACAGUUCAUGAAGCUUUCGAGUCAGGAUUCCUCUGAGUUAUAGGGAACCUUGUUUUACACACACCAAAUCCAGACUCUUCUCAGGGAAGAGAUUUAAUUCUGAGGGAGGAAGUGAUUCUGGCGGGAAGGAGACAGCUGCUCCAGAAUUGCCCCCUUUCCUGGACUUGCCAUGCCCCUGGUCUCCCCCACAGCCUCCCAGCUGUCUCAUGAGGCUUCCUUAUGAAUAGUUCUCUUUGACUUGGACGUGGCCCUAUAGGGAGGAAGGGGCUUGGGAUGGGAAGUCCCUCAUGAAAGGCUGCCCUGGGGAUGACAAAAGGACAUACUACAAACAGGAGCCUGCGGCAGGUGCUAGUUAGGCUGGGCAGUGCAGGGAUGCAGGAAGCUCCACUGUCCUCAAGGAGCUCCCAAGCUCAGGAGGAUGUUAGUCCAGUGCCUGCUGCAGGGUUCAGACCUCAUGUGAGUGCACCCCCACAGCUGCCCUCCAGGCCCCAGCCUGUCCAGAUCGGGGUGCUGGGCCCUGGAUAUGUCCACCUUCUCAUGGGUGAUCACCUGCCUUUACCAGCCUUGCCGUGUUCCCCAAUCUGUGCCUUGGCUCCAGUGUUCCUCUUCCCAGCAUGCCCUUCUCUGCCCCACCCAUUCCUCAAGGUUUAGCUUAGACACUGCCAUCUUCACAUGCUCUCCCCUCACUCAGAUGACAAUGUUGUUCCUGUCUGAGCCCCAAUUGCCCCUCUGCUGUUCCCUCAGGGCACUGAGCACUUUUUGCCUUGUUUUACAAAUAUCUGGGUCCACACCCUGUCCCACCCACUUGCCUGUGAACUCUAUUAGGCCACAUCUGUAUCCCAGGUCCCAGCCCAGAGCUAGGGUGGGGGUAGUGGCCUGAGUGAGGAGAGGAAGGCCAGCUCCCAAAGGGCUUUAUUGGACUGUCCUGUGAAUGUAUCAGGGUUCCAAAGCCAGUGGGACUGGGUCCCCACAGUUUGAGGGGGCUGUCCAGAUGCAGGGCCAGCUCAACCUCAACUAUCCCCUUCCACUCAGCCUCUCAAGCAGGGCCUUCACCAGCCUAUUGCGGUCACUGUCCAGCACUUCCCCAGGCUGAUUCUGUCAGGCCCCAGGUGCUGCUCUGGUGGGGUGGGGUGGGAGGGGAGUAGAGGGAGCCAGGAGAACUGGCUUCUCCGUGAAGACUUCAGACACAAAAGCGCUGGUCCCUCCCAUCCCUAGCACUGUCCUUUGCACUUCUGUUUGGUGGCCCCAAUGUGAGUCGCUGUACAAAAUGCUGCCUUUGUUAUUUUGUAAGAAAUGACUUUUCUGUGAACCAAGAACUUGUGAAAAUCUCAGUAACCAAAUAAAGUUCUAUAUUUUAAAAGAGG